UGUCUUUGAGGUAUCUAGCCGCCUCUGGGAACUAUGCCUAAAGUCGUGUCCCGGUCGGUUGUCUGCUCCGACACCCGGGACCGCGAGGAAUAUGACGACGGCGAGAAGCCUCUCCACGUCUACUAUUGUUUGUGCGGCCAGAUGGUCCUGGUUCUAGAUUGUCAGUUAGAGAAAUUGCCCAUGAGGCCCCGGGACAGAUCCCGUGUGAUUGAUGCUGCCAAACAUGCUCACAAAUUUUGUAAUACAGAAGAUGAGGAGACUAUGUAUCUUCGGAGGCCUGAAGGCAUUGAACGACAAUACAGGAAGAAGUGCGCAAAGUGUGGACUACCACUGUUCUACCAGUCCCAGCCGAAGAAUGCCCCUGUGACCUUCAUUGUGGAUGGAGCAGUAGUGAAAUUUGGUCAGGGUUUUGGGAAAACAAAUAUAUAUACUCAGAAACAAGAGCCUCCAAAGAAGGUGAUGAUGACCAAACGGACUAAAGACAUGGGCAAGUUCAGCUCUGUCACCGUGUCUACCAUUGAUGAAGAGGAAGAGGAGAUUGAGGCUAGGGAAGUUGCUGACUCAUAUGCACAGAAUGCCAAAGUGAUUGAAAAACAGCUGGAGCGCAAAGGCAUGAGUAAGAGGCGACUGCAAGAGCUGUGCUUUAGGACACCGGAAGAAGGUGUGGGCAUGCAUAUGUCCCAGGGAGAGCCUAAACCAGAACAUUUGAAGGACAUGAGGACACAAGAAUGUAAAAAUGCCACACAGCGGCUGAACCGUGGGCCAUCUGGAGAGUUCACUGGAGAUUCGUUAUUCACCAGCCCCUCCGUGACCCUGCAAGGUGAGAUUGAAGCCCAAGCCUUUUCACAGCUGCCCAUGGCACGUCCAGGACACUACCCCAAAUAG